AUGGCUCCGAUGAAGAAAGGAAAGAAGGUUAAUUCGGAUGUAUCAACGACGGCGAAACACAUAGCCGGUGAUACUUCGAGUUAUCCGUCGUGUUUGCGACUUGUUUCACCUUCCUCUGUCGCCAUCACCAUUCACGCGAAGCCUGGUUCCAAAUCCGCUUCCAUUACCGAUGUGAGCGACGAAGCUGUAGGUGUUCAGAUCGAUGCUCCGGCGAGAGAUGGUGAGGCUAACGCGGCUCUUCUAGAGUACAUGAGCUCUGUAUUGGGGUUGAAAAGAAGACAAGUUUCAUUAGGUUCAGGAUCUAAGUCUCGAGAUAAAGUUGUGAUUGUCGAGGAUAUGACCCAACAAAGCGUUUUUCAAGCUUUGUCCGCAGCAUCAAAGCCUACCUAA